AUGUCAGUUUCUGUCACUGUCACGCCACGCCAGUUUAUGGAGGAUGUUCUCUUCGGCGCCAAUAAUGAGGUGGUUGCCAUCAAGGGCAGGGGCGGGUCUCCGCUGGCGGGUGUGAUGAAGGGAAUGGUUCUCAGCUCCAUCAAUGGUGCCCCCGUGGGACGAGCGGAUGACGAGCAGAAGAAGCGGCGCAACAUGGGGGGCGAACUGUUGCUGCUCUUCUUACCUGGAAACACCGAGGGAGGUGAUGAGUUCGACCUCGAUUCCGGCGAGGACGAAGAUAGCAACUUCGGUCAGCGGAAACUGGCCUUUGGUAUAAACAACCACGACGGCGCGUCAAAUCUUCCAAAGAGCACCGACGUGCUUCUAGACGCCGCGGAAAAAGCUGGACCUGGUAGGUGCAUUAUCAUUAUGAGCGAGGGAGUGAACCCUGGGUAUGUCAUUGGCGUCAGCGCUGAGCGUGCGUCGUGUACUGUGAUGUAUAUUAAUGCGGUUGCCCGCCUAAAGACACGGCAGUCUCUUUCCCAGACAGCAGAAAUUUUUAGUAAAUCUCUCCAAAAGGGUCUCUGGAUUUACAUUGAGCAGGCAACGAAGUCUAUCUCUCUCCUGCGCAAACUGGCGGAGUGUAUUACGGAGGCCCAAGCAGAAGGUGCCAUUCACCCUAAGGCACGUGUUUUUCUCAUGUGCGAGCCUCACCCACACUUUCCAGAGGCCCUGCUUAAGGGGAGCGUGACGCUACGCGGCAAGCUACACCAUGACGACGGUGAGGUGCAGCUUGAUAAUAAUUUGCUUGAGAGUCGCAUAGGACACUCAGUUGUGCGGGACGCCGCUUCGUUCCCUGUAGAUGCACUGCCAGAGGUCACGGGAGGACGACGGCGUGUUAAAAUUUCUCACGAGGUGAGCAUUGUGCCUUUGGAAAAAAAUACAUUUAUGGAGCUAAGUCAGGGUGCCAAUCCUGCGAUGGAGCGGGAAACCGCCAUUGGUGAAGGCGUGACUCGUUUUGCCAAGUAUAUGUUUGGCGCCAAUGAGAAGUUUAUCUCCCUUUGCAAAGUCAAAGACGGCCGCUAUGCCGUAGGUACAACAGGAGGCUACGUUUUGAUUUUGGAUGCCGAUGGGCUUCCUCUCAUUCAGUUUCGACCGCACAGGGCUUGUGUAUGGGAUGUUGCCUUUGCAUCUCCUUACGAUUUUGCGACAGCGUGCGAGGAUUGGACCAGCUCUAUUUUUAAUUACUCCUUGGCAUGCCAAGAGCUCGCGGCCACCUCGGUGCUCUCACUACACGGUGAUGUAUUCGCGGUAACGUAUGCCAACCCGGAGGACCCUCAGAGCGCCGUUUUAUCUGGAGGACUGCCUUCGAGCGUCUACGUCUUACACUCGGAUCGUCGCACCAGUUCCCUGAUCCCAGUAGGGGUCUCUACGCAGGCCAUGCGCUCCACCCAACGGGGAUAUGCGCUUGUUGGGGGUGGUAAUGGGGCUUGUUGCUUGAUUGAUCCCGUCAGCUGCACGGUGCUUGAGACAACAACGCGUCACCAGCGGAAGGUGCCCGCUGUGGCCUGUUGUGGCCCCAUCGCCGUGACAGGCGGGUUUGACAAGAUGAUUCGAGUCUGGGAUGUGCGAAGUAGUCUUCGCAUGGUAAACGAGAGGGCUCUGAUGGAGGUUAUUACCGCCGUCUCGGUAUCUGAUAAGCAUGUGGCGGCGUGCAGUGGGUCCGAUCUUAUUGUGUGGGAUUUGCGAAGAAUUGGAACCCCUUUGGCCACCAAACAGAGAGCAUGGAACACACUUACGCGUGGGCUUAUCAUAGACGGGGAGGUUAUCAUUACUGCCUCUGCUGACGGUGUGGCACGGUUUUGGUCGCUUGGAUCGAUGGGCAACUUGUGA